UCUAAUUUUACCGGUGGGGAGAGCGCCGAGCAGAGGUGGAAGCCUCAGUCUGCCUUGUGGGUCGGGGAGCGAACUAGUGGCUGUGGCCGGUUUCCCCUUCAGGCUCCUGGACGUGUUGUUCCUCCGCUCCACCAACUAGGUACUUCUGCACCGCCAGCCGGUCCUGAGCUGAACACGUUAGCGACUGUUGGUGACAGACACACAAAACCACAGCCAAGAUGACGUUCUGGCAGGAAAAUUACGGUUUCGUUAAGGAUGUAUACGAUUUCCGUCUCCAGAAGUACCAGGAAUGGAUGGACAACCUGGAGGCCAUCGUCUCAAAGGUGAUGGCUCCCAAUGUCCAGUACACCUACAAGGAAUUCAAGAACAUCCAGGAUUCCCUCACUUCCUUAUGCCGUGACUUGGAGAAGGAGGGCAUGAAGGAAUGGCUCGACAUGAUGCUGGAGAAGGUAGCCAUGAGGGUAGCUGCCGACGCUGAGACUGGUGUCAGCUCAAAGGACAAGGAAUUCAAGGCCAAUGAGAAGAAGAAGCUCCAGGCUCUCAUUGACAGGCACGACACUCUCUUGAAACCUACUCAGGAAACGCAAGCAAAGGUCGAAAUUUACGCCAGAUGCUAUGCCUAUGGUGACGACAUAUCUCCUUGCCUCAAGACUUUGGAAGAGAUGCGCCACUUGUCCGUCAAGGAGAUUCACCCACACAACAUGAACAUGGUUGAUGAACAGAUCGACAAAGCCGAAAAGGUCAUUGCCACUAUUGAGGGCCAGAGGGAUAUUUACGAGGAUCUCCUGAGGAGAGGCAAGAAACUGCUGCAGAACCCCAACAAAGCUCCUUUCCUCACAGACCUGAUUGAGAAGAUGGAGAAGACUUGGACCGAAGCCAACGAACAGUCUCAGGCUAGGAAGACCAUGCUCGUCAACUCCGCCAAGGAUUGGGAGAAGUACGAUGAAAUGCGUAGCGCCAUCAACGACCCCGUCGAGAAGCUCGAGGCUGAGCUCAAGAGGUACAGGAAGUUCUACGACCCCGUCAUGGGCGCCAAGAAGCUCGCCCAGAGGAAGGAAGUCUGGGAGCAGCAGAAGACCAUCUGCGACGAAAUGUUCGACACCAUCAAGAGGUGCUACGGAACCAUCAUCGUCUUGGCCGGUGACGACAAGAAAGAAUUCUUGGACAAGGAGGUCGGCGAAGUCGAGGAGAAGCGCAGCAUCAUCGCCAAGUGCAAGGCCAAGCUGGACAAGCUCUUCGAGUACAACGACAGCCUCACCAAGACCGUCAACCACGCCAAGGAACUCCAGGACUGGGCCACUCCCGCCAACUCCCACCUGAAGAAGAUCACCACCGACCCUGACAUGAGCCCCGAGGAACGCGUCAAGGAGAUCCUCAUCCUUCAGGAACAGGCUCAGGAAAAGCUGCCACAGGUCGAACCCCUUGACAAGGACUACAAGAAUCUUAUUAAGGAGGAUGACCUGGAGAAGUCCGAGACCGCCAAGAAGACCAUGGCCGACUGGGCCGAGACCAAGACCUACGUCACCGAGCUCUGCGCCGACAUCGAGAAGGAGGCCGGAUCCAUCUCCACCGACCAGAGGCUAUACGCCGAUUACCUCUAUCUCGUCAAAGACUUCAAGCCCUGGGUGACCGAAGCCGAGGAAGCCGUCAAGAAGCCUCUUGCCAAGCCCGAGAGCCUCGCCGAUGCCCUGGCCCUCCUGGAGGCCGCAAAGGGUUUCGAAGCUACUUGCGUAGAACAGAAAGGCAAGCUCGAAGAAGCCGGUAAGGCCCGCGAAAGCAUGGAGAAGGCUAGCUCUUCCGAAAACGAGGUCGAGCCCCUUUCCGGCCGCUGGACGGAGGUCAAGAAGGUCGCCGAUGAGAGAGUCGCAAAGGUCCAGGCCCUUGUCACCACCUGGGAGGAGCUGGACAAGACCACCCACGACCUCGCCGCCAAGAUGGGCGAAGUACCCAAGCAGGACAACCCCAACCUGGAGGAGAUUGAGACGGUCUACACCCAGAUGAAGGACCUCUACGCCAAGAAGAAAGACUUGUUGGCCGAAGUCUAGAUUAUUUCGUUUUAGGUUUAUUUCAUCGUUCAAUUUGUACUUCUCAUGUCCAUAGUUUCUUCUCUACUUUUCUUUCUUUUCUUGUGACUGUUUCUCGCUCUUUUCUCAAACUUAAGUUUACUUAUCAUGUUUAUUGGAGUUUAAUUUAUUGUUAGUGCUGUGCAGUAAAACGAGAGGUUCGCUGCACCGACCGCAAGGACGAUGCUAGAAUGUCGAGGCUAUUGUAAUGCUGAAGAAGAAGAAGAAGAAGAAGAAGAAUAAACAGUAAGAGAAAGCAAGCUCGUCUCCGUUGAUAUGUGGCUUUGUGUCCGUCUGUCUGUGUCUGUCCGUCUGUCUCUGUGUCUGUCUGUCUGUCCGUGUCACCUCCACGAAUCUCUCUGAGCAAAAGCUUGAGACGUUGUGUUGACGAAUAGAUAAGUGACUCUUCGUACGAUUUUAUUUUUCUCACCUUAAGUCAUACUCAAGGAAAAGGACCAUUUUGCUUGGGUCAUGAGAUUUCUUUCAUUUGGAAACAAAAAUAUAAAAAAAGGACUUUCGUUUCUGUUAGUCUUUCUGUUUUUAUUUAUCUGAUAUGAAGCAAGGAACAGCGAUAUGCAUGAUGAUAAAAGAAAAAUCAAAGGCAAACGAAUAUACAAAUACAAGAGAACAAAGAGGAAGUAAAGAAGAAUAAGAAAGAAUUAAGUGAACAUUUAGAGCAACAUGGCGGGAUACUACGAAUAUAAAAACGAGACAAAGUAAUCAGCUUAUGGCGUUCCUACUCAUAUGACUAUAUAGAUAUAUAUGAAUAUAUAUUUUUUUCUUUUCUUUCGAAUGACUGGGUGACUGAUGGGUGAAAUGGAUCAUCGAGAAAUGACGUUUCAAUAAAAGACGAAGGAACAUUGAA